AUGGGUAACGUCGACGUUGGUCAGGUGAACAACGAGACUGUUGUUGCGAGCAGCUGCGAGCGCAUGUCCGUGUGCGGUCAGGUCUUUGCUGGACAGAAGCUCCGGUGGGUUCUAUUGGAUCAGAUCGGGACUGCAAGUCGACUCGCCAUUAACGCGCCACUGGUAACCAGUGUGCGCAUUCGCACGAGUAUAGGUGGGUCAUGGAUUUCUACGGAUGUUCGCAACAUCACGAUCGAGGACACGGACACGCAGGAGUAUACUCUGGAGUAUGAGGCGCAAGGUUCUGGCACACAAGUGGUUCAAGUGGACAUCAAUGGUCAACCCGCAGCCCUGUCGCCUGUGGUUCUCGAAGUUGUUCCCCCUCCAUUACGCCAGAUUGACUGCCCUCCGGGCAGGCAGCCAGGCGUUGCCGGCGUUUGCACAGCUUGUGCACCAGGCACUGCUUCAGCGGGCGGUGGUGCCCCAUGCCGACCAUGCGAUCCGGGCACUUUCCAGCCACUUGAAGAGCAGUCAAACUGCGAUGCUUGCGCAGUCGGCAGAUUUCAAGAAGCACCCGCGUCGCUGCGCUGUGAAUUGUGUCCGCCAGGAUAUUCCAGCCGCGGCAAGACGGGGUCUUUGGUUUGCAGUCCAUGUGAUCCUGGCCAGGAGGCUCCCAACAAUGGCUCCGAGAGGUGUUCACUUUGUCCUCGUGGUUUCUACAGCGAAGAGGAGGGAUCCAGCCAUUGUGUACAGUGCAAUGGCGGGAAGGGGACCACCGAGCAGGGUGUGACAGAUCCCGGUCUAUGCAUUUGCCUCCCUGGAGAGUUCAUUGUCGCUGGUUCAGGAGGCAACGACACUUUGGGCGGGCAAUGCACUCCAUGCCCUCAGGGACUCGUAUGUCCAGGAGGUAACGGCCCUCCGUUGCAAAAAGCUGGAUACUGGGUGGACAGUGCAGAGCACGGAUAUUCGGCCUACCGGUGCCGCGAUAAGUGGCAAUGCCCGGAGGGGCCUGUGGGUGAGUGCUCCGAUGGCCGUGAGGGGCUCGCUUGCAACAACUGCAAGGAGUGGCAUCGUCAAGGAACGCAAGGCAAAUGCAAGCCGUGUGAGGGUGUGGAUGUUCUUCCGGCGAUGCUGCUUUUGCUGGCAACAGUGCUGACCGGAGGGGUCUUGCUUUCCUUCGUCCACACCAAUGCAGCGCGCCAGCGGCUUGGCCAGGUGACUGUAUUCCUGACCGCCGGCCAGAUAAUCCUGAUGUUGCAACUCAUGGCGGCCAUGAGGAACUUGGAUUUGCAAUGGACAGGACCUGCACUCUACGUGAUCGAGUUUCUUGAAAUCUUUGCCUUUGACGUGGACUUCCUGAACAUAGGAUGCGUCGUGUCCAACGACGGCGCUGUGCUAACCUUUGCCAUGCAGCUUUUGGCGUACCCAGUUUUUGCAGCAUUGCUCAUACUGGUGUGGGUUUGCAUCAGCCGACUGGGGCUGGAGGUAACAGCGAACGAUGUGAUCAACAUGAACGGCCUGGCCUUGCUCACACUGUACAUGACUCUCACCAUCAACUCGCUUUUGCCAUUGCAAUGCGUCGCCAACCCGAAUGGGACUUUCAGCAUGCAGACGCAGCCUGGUGUGAUAUGCUUCCAGUCCGAUGAGCACUGGGCGCUGAUGGGCAUGUGCGUUCUCGGCAUCCUUAUGUACCCAGUGGGUAUUCUUUCCGUGGCUUUGCGGGCCACGAUUAUGUACCCGUCCUACAUCAGCUCCGGGAAGGGACUCCUUAUCGUCAAUCGAUACCGAUUCCUAUUCGAGCGAUUUCGUGCUAGCCGCUAUUACUAUGGCGUCAGCUAUCUGCUGAGGAACACGCUCCUGGCCCUCAUUCCGGUUGCUGUCGCAAGCUUCCCCACAGUCCAAGUCGUUUUGCUGGCGGCCGUGCUCCUCGUAGGCAUGCUGGUGCAGAUCCGCACAUGGCCGUGGAGGACGCAAGUGGCCAACGUCACAGACAUGCUGUUCUCCACUGCCGUGGUGCUUUUCCUCGUGGUGGCGGGGCCCAUCCUCAGUUCGGAGUCGGCUCAAGACCGCCAGGCUUAUGCAGGCUUUUUGUCCUGGUCCUUCACCAUGCUGCUGGCCUUUGCCUUUUUGACCUUGUUUGUAACGAUUGCCCUCUUCCUUUGGAGACGAUGCCAUCCAGAAAAGACCUACAAGAUUUUCCUGACGCAUCACAAGAGUGCAGCCGGCGCCCUUGCACGCUUCAUCAAGAGCAUCUUGAACAAGCACUCCCAUGACAAAGUUUUCUUGGACUCGGAUGAGUUGCAGGACUUGGAUUCUCUGUUCGAGAGCGUACGCAGCAAUGUGGCUUUCUUGGUGCCUCUGCUGACGCCUCAGAUGAUUUCCCGCCCUUGGUGCGUGGGGGAGCUUGUUACAGCUCAUUUCAAUCGCGUACCUCUUCUACCCAUAUCCUGCGAUGGAUACAGACUCAGUUCUUCCGUGAAUGCUGCACAGCUUGUCAAUGCCUGGAGCCCCGACGACUUCCAGCCCCUUUUGGCUGUGGGCAUCCAGGAGGACAUGAUCGAUGCGAUGAUUGAGCACCUCUAUGCGCUCCCUUCCAUUGCUCUCAACCGUCGCGGGUCUAUGGAGGACCAAGAGGCUACGAUUCUUCGGGUCAUCACUAGCAGUGAAAUGAAGCGUCGUCGCUUUGUCGAUUCUGCAUCCACAUCUGGAGGUGCACGUGUCUUGGUCAUUGGGCACACGGAGGAUGAGGAGGCUAUGUCUGCCAGCAUGGUGCUUCAGAUGGAGCUGCAACGACUGCUGCAGGAGCGAGUUGCCGGACCACGAACCCGCGCUGAGAUAACCAAAGCAUUGCCAACCGCUGACUCCCUCGUUGUGCUGCUUCACAAAGGGGUGCUAGACAAUGCUACUUUCGCCGAGAUGAUACUCGAAGCGAGUCGGGCAGCGCUGAAGGACAGCGACGGCACUGGAUCGGACAUGAUGAUGACGAAGGUACCGUCGAUCGCUUCAUCUAGCUCUGGUGGGGAUAGGCAAGCGCGAGCCUGGACCAAGCUAAUCACUGUGAAUGCAGAUGCAGGCUUUGUUUAUCCCGGCCAUGAGUUCUACACGGUUUUGCACGGACAGGGUUUGGGAGUUGACGGGCUUGGACCUGACAUGGGACCCUAUUUGGUAGAUGCGUACAAAGCAAUCUUCAAGAAGAUCUCUAUGCCCUUCAGCUGCUCUCAUGCUGCAGAAGGAUUGCUUCUGCAGCAAGCUAAAGAGAUUUCCAAGCGCUUGGUCGCCUCAAUGGAUACCAUGUUGAUGGGCAAAACCUCCACCGGACGCAAUGGAAACAGCGUCCCGGGUUCAGCAACUUCGGACCUUUUGAACUCCAUCAGUCCCGGAAGUGUCCGGACGUCUCGUGAUCGUGCCAAGGACAUUGCAGACAAGGCCUCCCCCGCGCUCAGGCCGGCCGAAGUGGCAGAUGCUAUCACCGACUUUGAGGAACUGGGUCGCUUGAGCUCCUUAGGUGCAUCGGACAGUGAUUCAGAGGGGCGGCUCGGAUGUAUAAGUGCAGGAAUUGCUUUUGAGCUGCCGCGUUCUGAGGACGCGGAGCAUCGUUCAUUUUAG